AUGGAGUUCGUCGCCCCUCCUCCAGUCCACCGAGUGCUCUGCGCAGAUUGCGGUACACCCAUUGUCCCGAACUCUGCAAAUCUCUGUGUGGCAUGCUUGAGAAACUCCGUUGAUAUAACAGAAGGGAUUCCAAAGCAAGCAUCGGUUUCAUAUUGCCGCAAUUGCGAGCGGUUCCUCUCACCCCCCUCGACAUGGGCAAUCGUGCAACCCGAAUCGCAAGAACUCCUCGCCAUCUGCCUGCGCAAACUCAAGGGCCUUAACAGAGUCCGCCUCACCGAGGCGCAUUUCAUUUGGACCGAGCCGCACUCGAAGCGCCUUCGCGUCUCCCUUACGAUCCAGAAGGAGGUCCUCACCGCCACCAUCCUCGAACAAGUCUUCGAGAUCGAGUAUCUCGUGCAGUAUGGUCAGUGUCCAGACUGUACCAAGCUCGCCGCGAAGAACACCUGGAAAGCACUGGUGCAAGUGCGCCAAAAGGUCCCGCACAAGCGUACUUUCCUGUUCCUCGAGCAGCUCAUCCUCAAACACGGCGCACAAAAAGACACAAUUUCGGUCAAGGAGGUCAAGGAUGGGCUGGACUUUUUCUACAGCCAGCGGAGUCAUGCGCUGAAGAUGGUAGAGUUUCUCAAUGGGGUUGUGCCAAUACGGUCAAAAUCUUCAGAACAGCUGCUCUCGACAGACACCCACACGAACACCGCCAAUUUCAAGUACACUUACUCUGUGGAAAUCAUCCCCGUCUGCAAGGAGGAUCUCGUCUGCAUCCCCCAAAAGCUCGCCCGAUCACUGAGCAACAUCUCCCCACUCACCAUAUGCUCGCGCGUCGGUAACUCCAUUCAUCUCCUCGAUCCCGCCACCCUCCAAGUCGCCGAGGUCAGCUCACCUGUCUACUGGCGCACGCCGUUCGACUCGCUCGCGACAGUGACCGACCUCGUCGAGUUCACCGUCCUCGACGUCGAGCCGUCAGGCUCGGUACGCGGCAAGUGGGUGCUCGCGGACGCCCAGGUCGCGCUCUCGGGCGCGUUCCGGUCCUCGCACGACGACGACGCCAUGGACGAGGACCCGGCGUCCUCGUCGCAGAUCUUCCACACGCGCACGCACCUCGGCGGGAUCCUGCAGCCGGGCGACGCCGCGCUGGGCUUCUUCCUCAGCAACGCGAACUUCAACUCGGACGCGUUCGCCGCGCUGCCCGCGCACCGCAUUCCGGACGUCGUGCUCGUGAAGAAGGCGUACCCGAACCGGCGCAAGAAGGCGCGCGCGCGGCAGUGGAAGCUGCGCAGCAUCGCGAAGGAGGCGGGCGAGGAGGGCGAGACGGGCGCGGCGCGCGGCGUCGUGGGGCGCAUGGGCGGGCGCGACCAGCGCAAGGUGGAGGAGGACUACGAGCUGUUCCUGCGCGAGCUGGAGGAGGACGAGGAGAUGCGCGGCGCGGUGAAUUUGUACCGGGCGAGGGUGGACAGGCCGGGCGCGGGCUCUGGGCUGGCGGGCGGGAAGACGCGGAAGAAGACGCAGUUCGCCAUGGACGUGGACGAGGGCGCAGGCGCGGCAGAUCCCGCUGUGGUUUCUACUUCUCCCGCGGACGAAGAGAAAGAGGAGGACGAGCCGGACUUCCCGGAUGUCAAGCUGGACGAGCUGUUAGAAGACUUUGACGAGAUGACGCUCGGGGAUGAUGCGUAAUUUUAUGGCCUGCAUUUAUCCCACCAUCUACACCGUAUCUUGUUGUUCACGCUGUGUGAGGUACACGCAUAUACGUGCACUGGGGUAUCAAAUUCGCGGAAAUCAAAAUGGGCGUAGCUCAUGCGAUCGUUGUCAAACCGCGACUAUUGUCAGGGAUGUGUCGCUCAGUUGCUCAUGAAAGAUGAAGACCACACCUUUCAAGGCUCGCUGCAGUCCGCAGGCACUGCGUUCCAAUCGAGGCGCCUAGGCUACCAAGUACCUUUCUCGAUAAUGAACCUUGACCGGCGCUAUGGCUGGAAGCAGGAGUCCUUCUUCUUGGCCGCACUAACAUUCACCCUCGUCAUGUGCUCUAUGGAUAGUGUUACGACUGCAAAUAGCCAUCUUUGAAUACAGCAGUGUGGUCCUGUA